GGCGGCUUCACCUCAAGACUCCCCGGAGCGGGAGCCCACGCGGGCGGGCGCCUGAAACAAAGAGAAGCGGGAGUCCGGGCGCCGCGAGUGGGCGGCCAGUCGGCUGCGCAGAGCCGGUUAGCGGGUGCCCGCGCUAGCGCCGACCCCGGCCGGCGCGGCCUCAGGGCGGGAAGAUGCCGCGCGUUGUGCCCGACCAGAGAAGCAAGUUCGAGAACGAGGAGUUCUUCAGGAAGCUGAGCCGCGAGUGUGAGAUUAAGUACACGGGCUUCAGGGACCGGCCCCACGAGGAGCGCCAGACGCGCUUCCAGAACGCCUGUCGCGACGGCCGCUCGGAGAUCGCUUUUGUGGCCACAGGAACCAAUCUGUCUCUCCAGUUUUUUCCGGCCAGCUGGCAGGGAGAACAGCGACAAAUACCUAGCCGGGAGUAUGUCGACUUAGAAAGAGAAGCAGGCAAGGUGUAUUUGAAGGCUCCCAUGAUUCUGAAUGGAGUCUGUGUUAUCUGGAAAGGUUGGAUUGAUCUUCAGAGACUGGAUGGUAUGGGCUGCUUGGAGUUUGAUGAGGAGCGAGCCCAGCAGGAGGAUGCAUUAGCACAACAAGCCUUUGAAGAGGCUCGGAGAAGGACACGUGAAUUUGAAGAUAGAGACAGGUCUCACCGGGAGGAAAUGGAGGUGAGAGUUUCACAGCUGCUGGCAGUAACUGGCAAGAAGACAACAAGACCCUAGUCCUGGCUCCAAUUUAGGUGGUGACGAUCUCAAACUUCGUUAAUAGUAGCACAGUAGAUGUGCCAUCCAUCUUUACGUACACAUUGCUUCUAGUUAGCAGAAAUAAUUCAUUGUAAGACCAGAAACUGUGAUAACUGGAGGUACUACAGUCUAUUUCUCAACCUAAGGCAGUAAAAGACAUCACAAACUGCCAUGGUUUUGCACUAUGAUUAUAAUACAUGCAUUUUUAAUGUUUAAAGCAUGUAGCCAGUAAUAAUUUGAAAUUUUUUUCUAUGCAAGCUUACCUUGUUGGCAUUAUUUUAGUUGAGUUGAAACUAUCUACUUGUAAAGAUCUUUUUUUCCUCCAUUUUAAUUUAAAAGUUCAUGUCAUUUAAAAACAAGUUAAAAAAAUUUAUAUCAGAGGGAUUUCUUCAGUUGCUUUAAUUUUUUUUGUACUUUUAGAUAUGUUGAUAGCUUCUUUUUUUUGGAAAGGCGUUCUUGGUUUUGUUUUGUUUUUCUCAUUUCCUUUUGUGUUUUUAUAGCCUACAGCAUUUAAAAUUGUUGAUGUGUUUGCAUUAUUUACAAGCUAAAAACCUAGUAGCAUAGAGCUGUCUGCCACAGCCUUCUAACACAAAGUUUACAGUUGUUAAAGUUGCAGUAUCCUUUUGAAUGCUGAUAAUCAGCACCUUUUCUUUCUUUAGUAAACAUUAAAAUUUUAAAUCAAUAUUAACUCCAAUCUGCCCCAGAUCUGUUUUAAAUUCUGUUCUGUAAUCAUGAGUUUGGGUGGAGAUACAUUCUCCAUAGAUGAUAAUAUUCUACUGAAAUGCCUAAAGAAGUCACAGGCUGACUUCUGUUUUAUUCAGGGAUUUUUUUAAAAGUCAAUCAGAAAAGGGAUACUGGAGCUUCUUCAUGUAUUUUACAGCAUAUUAAACUGGAGACAGUGAUGAAUCAGCUACAAAGGUAAUACUGUAUUAAAAUCAUGUUUAAGAUAGCUGCUUUUAGUGUAUUUUAUAUUGCAUGCUUUUGUAGAAACAAUACUGGAUGAUGAAAGAUUAGUCUUAGAAAAUGUUCACCUGUGCAGAGGAUACAUUUUCUUCCUUUAAUUAUUCUGGGGAAAACAUUCACAGUUAUAUGAUAUUUUGCAAAAGGACUAUAUUAAUAGUACCUUUUGAGAUGAAUUAGUGCAAGAAUAUUUUUUAAAUAGGCGUUUACUGUCAAAUUGCAACUUUUUUUUAAUACAAGACUGGAAAAAUGUGCGGUCAUUUGGCACAUCCUUAGAAAUGCUUUUAUGGUCAUUGUCAUUAAAUACUACAUUUCUGAAUUUUUGCAAAAAUGUAUUUUAUCGUAACAGAAUGGCAUUAUUUUAAAGAGUUUGAAAAACUGACAUAGCCAAUUCAGAAAAUGAAGUCUGAAUAAGGACAUUACAUUUAAAAAACAUAAAUAUACUUGACUGAUGAAGGAGGUGUGACUUUCAUUGUAUAUAGAGGUCUUAUGGUUCAUAAACAGAUAUACUGUAUCUGAGAAUAAAAAUAUUUGUUAUAUAUUUGAAAUUGUGCAUGGUAAGGAGUGUGUUUGAAUUGUUUUAAACAACGCAUCAUAAAAGACCACGAUGAUCUUGUAUUACUAAGUACUAUGAAUGAAUUGGUAUUUGGUGUUGUACAGCUCACAUGUUUACACACUCAAUGCCCUAACUUUCCCUGGGGAAAUUACCUUUUAAGUGACCUUACACCAGUGGUGUUUCAAGGUUACUUUUAUCAGGGGGCUCCUUUGUUUUUGACUUCUGCACUAAAAAUUUUUUUUUUAAAUAACAUGAUGAUGGUACAUUUUUCUCUGUUGCUUUUAGUCAAGGACAUUCAGUUCAACAAUAAGUAAGAUCAAAUGGUAUUAAAUGUUCCUGUUGCCAUCCUUUUGUAAAUACUGAUUUUUUUCCUAUCAUUUAGCACUGCACUGCUUCUGUCUGUCUUAAUGCUGGCAUUAAGAUCAUAAGCCCUUUUUCUCUUAAUAGUGCAGGCUUUGAAAAACUACUUUUUUAAGUUAUUGAUGCAAUUUGAUAUUUUUUCAUUCUAUAUUUAAAGGAAAUUACAUCAUUGCAUCAUCUUUUCUAAAUUCAUCUCCAUUAAAACUUGCCUUAAGCUACCAGAAUUGCUUUUGCCACUA